AUGCUGGACUCAGUGAAGAAGGAUGGUAUGGUCUACAGUGUCAAAGGCGGCCGAGAGGUCCAGGAACAAGAGAAGGGAUGGAGAGCCCUGGUCAGAAGCCACCAACAAAUCAUUGUUGCCAAUCUCAAGGACUGUGAAGCAGCAGGCAGUAAAUGUGAUCCACGGGCCAACUGUUUGAAGUUCAAAAACAGCUUCACCUGUGUGUGCCACACAGGCUACCAGGGUGAUGGUGUGCAGUGCUCUGACAUCGAUGAAUGCCAGACAGGCCUGCAUGACUGUCACUCAAAAGCUAGCUGCAACAACACACUGGGCAGCUACAGCUGCACCUGUAACAGUGGCUACACUGGAAAUGGCACCAGCUGCAAAGACAUCAAUGAGUGCCUGAAAGACAAUGGGGGUUGCCACAAAAAUGCACAAUGUACCAACCAGGAGGGUGGGCGGGAGUGCAAGUGUGAAAAUGGCUUCACAGGUGAUGGAUUCCAGUGCACUGAUAUUGAUGAAUGCCUUGACAGUGCUCGCUGCCACUGGGAUGCAACCUGCACGAACAACCCUGGAUCCUUUGUGUGCACCUGUAAGUCCGGUUAUAAAGGCAAUGGAAACUACCUGUGUCUGGAUGUAGAUGAGUGUUCAGAGAAUUCUCAUUCGUGUUCAUCUAUGCUUGGCUACAGAGGCUGUGAAAAUCUGCCUGGCUCUUUCCAGUGCACAUGCAGUAGUGGCUUUGAAAGCAAUGGCAAAAGCUGUAUGGACAUUAACGAAUGUGCCAAGAAAACCUGCAGCCUGUACGCAGAUUGUGAAAACACCAUUGGUUCAUACCGGUGUACUUGCAAAGAUGGUUUCAUGGGAAAUGGAGAAGUGUGUGCAGACAUAAAUGAAUGCAGUGAAAAUAAUAAAUGUGACAGGAACGCACUGUGCAUCAACAGGCUUGGAAGCUACGACUGCUCCUGUCUGGGAGGUUUUGAGGGAGAUGGACGAGAGUGCUCGGAUAUUGAUGAGUGUGCAACAACAGAUAUCUGCCCCUCCAUCACUACUUGCGUCAACACUCCUGGGUCAUAUCAUUGCGACUGUGGUUCUGGAUUCCGCCUUAAUAACUCAGUGUGCCAAGACCUUGAUGAGUGCACAUCGGGCUACUGCAGCCCCUACGCUACAUGCACUAAUUCUCCUGGCAGUUUUUUUUGUGCGUGCAUGAAUGGCUACAAAGGUGACGGCUUCACCUGCAAGGAUGUGGACGAGUGCUCAGUGGGACGGAAGUGCCUCGCCAGUGCUAUUUGCACAAACUUCCCUGGCACCUACAACUGCACCUGUCAGUUGGGAUAUUCUGGAGAUGGAGUGAGCGAGUGCAAGGAUGUGAAUGAGUGCCUGGUGGAUAAUGGAGGAUGUGGCAGCAAUGCUGUGUGUGUCAACAUUGAGGGCUCCUACAAAUGCGAGUGUAAAUCAGGAUUUAUUCUAAUCAAUCAGACUCUCUGCCUAGAUAUAGAUGAGUGUAAAGACAAUCCAUGUAAAGUGAAUGAAGAGUGCAAGAACACCAAGGGGAGCUAUGCAUGUGCCUGUCGGGUUGGUUACUACAAACCUGUAGGCAACAAGGAUUGUGUUGACAUAGAUGAAUGUCAGGAUAACCCGUGCCAUGUUCAUGCCACAUGUCUCAACAUAAUUGGGUCUCACACCUGCACGUGUAAGCGAGGUUUUACAGGAAAUGGCACUCUUUGUCAGGAUAUCGAUGAGUGUUCUGUGGUGGAUGUAUGUGACCUACAUGCUCUAUGUACCAACUCUGUAGGAGACUUCACCUGCUCCUGUCAGCAGGGUUUUGUGGGUGAUGGCUUCUCCUGCCAGGAUGUGGAUGAAUGCAUGGCGUCCAACACCACGUGCCCAAGAUUCUCAAGGUGUGUCAACUCCCCUGGUGCUCAUGUCUGCUCAUGUUUGAAUGGCACAGUGACCUUCAAUGAUACCUGCGUGCCACCAAGUGUGCUAUGUAAGCCUGCUUGUCACCGUCAUGGAUUGUGCCAUCUUUCACCCUCUGGAUACCAGUGUGUGUGUGACCUGGGUUAUGUGGGUGAUGGGGUGACUUGCUCUGACAUAGACGAAUGCCAGAAGGAAAACAUUUGCCCUAAAAAUGAGACUGAAUGCAUGAAUAUUCCAGGAUCAUAUUCCUGUGUCUGCAAGGAGGGCUACGUAAGCAAUGGAACAGAAUGUACAGAUGUGAAUGAAUGCAUCACGGAGCCGAAGCAGUGCAGUAACUUUGCGCAGUGUGUGAACACAGUGGGGAGCCACCUCUGCUUCUGUCUCAGCGGCUUCACGGGUGAUGGGAAAAACUGCUCAGACAUUGAUGAGUGCCAAGUGGAAAACGGAGGAUGCCAUCCAGUUGCCAGCUGCACUAACACGCAAGGGUCUUUCAACUGUACCUGCCCACCUGGCACAGAGGGAACUGGAUUUAACUGUCAGGAUGUGAACGAGUGUGAGCAGAACCCCUGCAGUGCCCAGGCUUUGUGCCACAACACAAACGGAUCCUACAUCUGCCAAUGCCACAACGGAUUCCAGGGCGAUGGCUUCCUUUGUGAAGAUGAGGAUGAAUGUAUCCUCCCGACACGCUGCAGUGAGAACAUGACAUGCAUCAACACUGCUGGCUCUUACUCCUGCAUGUGUAUUUUGGACCUCGUGUAUGAUAUAGGCACAUGUGUUAGUGAAGACACUUGCCUGAAUGCUAGUAGUAUCUGCCACCCCUUUGCCAAGUGCCACACUGAUCAUGGCUCCUUCUACUGCCAGUGCAGGGAUGGCUACCAAGGCAAUGGUACUGAAUGCUGGGACGUGGAUGAGUGCACACAGUUAUCUGAUGACAUCUGCCCUCCAUUCUCCGACUGCAACAACAGCAAUGGAUCCUACAGCUGUGACUGCUGGGAAGGCUUUAAGGAUAACGGAACACACUGUGAAGAUGUGGAUGAAUGUUUUGCUGGAAACUACACCUGUCCUGACAACAGUACCUGCUCUAAUGUGGAGGGGAACUACCGAUGUCCCUGUGUGCUAGGUUUCUUUGCUAAUGCCUCUCUGUGCUUAGAUGUAGAUGAGUGCUCCCUUGGCCACGUGCAGUGCCCUAACUUCUCCAGCUGUCUAAACAAAGUGGGAUCUUUUGAGUGUCAGUGCUGGGAAGGUUAUGAAAGAAACAAUACUGAGUGUGAGGAUAUUGAUGAGUGUCGACACAACUCCACCUGUCCUGAGUAUAGCACGUGCAUAAACAACAAUGGCAGCUACCUGUGUCUUUGUGACUAUGGCUUUUCCAUGGUGGAUAACUUGUGUGUGGAUAUUGAUGAAUGCAAUGACAGUGAGACGGGGGAGCUUUGCAACAAUGGGACAUGUAUGAAUGUUAUGGGCUCUUAUUACUGUAAAUGUGUUAAAGGAUUCUGGAGUAACCUGACAGAGUGUGUGGAUGUAGAUGAAUGUUCAAACACCUCCAGUUCUUCAGUAUGUCAGCACCAUUCCACGUGUGUUAACACCAUUGGGUCUUACUUCUGCCCUUGCGAUGACGGCUUCAUUCUAAAUAGAACCAAGUGUCAGGAUGUGGACGAGUGUGGCACUCAAGAUGACACCCCUUGCCCUGAGAACUCAUUAUGCAAUAACACAUUGGGGUCAUUCUCAUGUUCAUGCCUUUUUGGCUAUGCACCCAUUAACUUGGGCUGUGAAGAUGUAGAUGAAUGUGCAGAUAACACAACCUGCCGCUCUGAUCAGGUGUGCACCAACAUGCCUGGAGCAUACAAUUGCUCUUGCCCAAUGGGGUAUCAUGAGGCACACACCAAUAAAUGUGUUGACACCAAUGAAUGUGAUAGUUCACCCUGCCAUCCCAUGGCUCAUUGCUGGAACACCCCUGGUUCCUUUUUAUGCUACUGCCCUCUGGGCUAUACUGGAAAUGGUACAUGGUGCAAAGAUGUUGACGAAUGUAUGGCCCUGAAGAACCCGUGCCACCACCACGCUCAUUGCCACAACACUCCAGGGUCAUUUACAUGCCUGUGUACGCCAGGCUUUAUGCCUGUUGGUCCGCUGUGUGUAGACUUUGAUGAAUGCCAACAGGACAACAGCCAGUGUCACCCCCAUGCUACCUGCUCCAACCAUGUGGGAAAUUUUCAGUGCACAUGCAACCAGGGCUGGAAGGCCACAAAACACAACGGACAUGGAAAAGAAGGAUGUGUGGACGUAGAUGAGUGUGUGUCUCCGACAGCAUGCCCAGGGAAUACAUCCUGUACCAACCAGCCAGGAUCAUUCAGCUGUUCUUGUUCCAAAAGCAGCACAAUGUGCAGAGAGAUGGAUCUGAAUGAGAGCACCCUGUUCCCUUUCGGAUCUGAGGUUGGUGAUAAAGCAGUAAAAGUGGACACAGAAGAUGGAAAUUCACCUUAUAUCUCUCCAUCAAUGGGAAUCCCCGUCUUUGGAAAACUGCAUGACAGAGUUUAUUUUUCUGACAAUGGCCUUAUCCAGUUUCAAACCAGCACUGAGAAUGAGCAGUAUCUGCUGCCGGCGCCGUGGGCAGAAGGUUUCCCUCUUCACUUGAAUUUGACUCUGCUGGCAGUGUUCUGGGAUGAUGCUGACCUCACUCUGGGAGGUCAGCUGCACUAUCAGGAAUACCACAGAAUGGAUUUGACAGAUGUCUACUCUCAGAUCGUGUUUAAUCGUACAGCAGACGACGUGACAAAGUUUGAGGAGAAGAGGAACAAGCCUGCUUUUAUUCCUGAGUGGAUCCUGAAGAUCACAUGGGACCAUGUGAUGCCUGUCUCCAACCAGAAGAUCAACCUCUCAGAGACUAAUACUUUCCAGUGUAUCCUGGCCACAGAUGGUGUUCGCUCCUUCGCGCUGUUGCGAUACGGGGAUAUGAAGUGGGGUCCUGGUCAGAGGAAAUACCACGAUGCACUCAUUGGCUACACAGAUGGAGGACAGCGCACCCACCAGGAGAUCACUGUCCCUCCAGAAAACCUUUUUGGUUUUGGGGGUAGAUACAGGCCCCAGCAGGUCCAAGGGACAAUGGGGAAGUUCGGCGAGUUGCUGUAUGAUUUAGCAGGACCUACAGAUUCAAACUCAGAUCCUGCUGUCAGAUGCCAGGCAUGGGCCACGAAGGAGCCGGAUCCAGCAGAGUGGACAAAAGGGCUGCCUUCAUGUCCGUGCACUCGUUCUCAGAUUCUGAAGGACAUGUCAUUCAUGCAAGAGAUCCUGUCAAUGGGACAGGUCUCCACUGAGGAGAAGCUGAGAAGUCAGCGCUGGGGCAGCAGCGGGGGUCAUGUCUUCUGGUCCAUCCUGUCCAACAGCUUUGGUUCAGGGAAGCGAUGUGUGUAUGAGCCAGAAGGUCCUCUGCAGGCGGGGUAUAACGAACGAUACUUCUCCAGACCUAAGACCUGGCAGCAUCUUGAUGAAGAUCUUCUGCCAUUCCAGUGGUGUUGCAUUGAGUCUCCUUUAUGCCAGCUUUACCUCAACAAGAGACCUGUGGAUCGUUGCCAAGGGUACAGUUGGGCCAGUCCUGAAAGCUCCACCAGAGCCGAGCAGAGGAGACGCGGUGUAGCAAUGGUGUACGGCAGCCUCCAUUUCGUGACCUUCGAUGGGAGUGAGUACUCCUUCAAGGCCCUGGGAGAGUAUGUGAUCGUGCGGCUCUCCUCCAACACCGGCUAUAAUAUCUUCACCCUGCAAGGUCAGACCGACAAACUCCAAACAGAUACAGGGGCGAUCAUUGAAGUCCCGGCGGUAGUGCGCAUGGCUGCCUUUCACCAAGGCAUUGGCAAGAUUGAAUGGCAUUGUGCAGAGAAAAGAGACAGACUGCAGGUUUUUGUGAACGAUGAUGAGCUCUCAGUCACUGUUGGUGUAGUCCACAUGGGUAAGGAGGGCUUCGCUGUCCGCUGUCUGUCACUGAGUGGCUGUGCUGCAGUGUAUGCCAGCGGUCUGCAUGUGAACGUGUGGUGCGUUUUAGGCAGCAAUCAGCUGGGCUGCAUGGUGGAGGUUCCACAGGCCUUUCACAACCGCACUGUUGGUCUCAUGGGCCACUGGAGCUCCAACAAAACUGAUGAUUUCCUCAUGUCUAAUGGCAAGAUCGUACAGUCACCUGAUCUCAGUGUUCCCUCAGAAGAGAGACUGCAUGACUUUGGCCUGUCUUGGAAAGUUCCAGAUAUAGACGAAUGUCAGGAGCUCUCAGCUUGUCCCAAUGCCAAAUUUGUGUGUGUGAACCAACCAGGAUCUUUCACUUGCAACUGUAGAUACCAGAAGACCAAAGAGGCUGAUAACUGUGGUGAGGCUGCCAAUCCCCCAGGAUCAAACGUGUUCAAUGUGGCCCUGGAAUGGACAAACAGCAGAUCUGAUGGACUCCAACAACUGGAGGACAUUCUGUCCAAAGGAUUUGAGAACAAAUUCUACAAUGUCCUUAAGAAAAAUUGGGGACCGCCAGGUUCCAGUCCUAAGCUCGAGGAAUAUUACAUCAACAUGUCCAGUGACACGCCCCACUGGUACGUCAGAGACUACAUAUUCAGAGUGAGCAACUACUACAGUAUCAAAGCCGCCGAGGUCGGAGAUCUGAAUGAAUGUGAGACAAAGGAGGUUGUGUGUACCCCUCCUGCCUUCUGCUCAAACACCUACGGAGGCUACCGGUGUGUCUGCAAGGGCACAGCUGAUGUGGAUGAAAACCAGGCUUGUGGAACAGAAAAGCAGAAUGAUGUGAAUGUGGACCUGAUUCUGGGUCUGGUUCUGGGCAUCGGCAUCCCUCUGCUCCUGCUGCUCCUCCUGGCUGUGGUGGCCUGCUGCUGCUGCUGCAAGAAGACCGUUACUGGAGACCUCCCUCACUUGUUGCCAGAAAAUAUAAGGGGACAAUACAACCCUCCACCCUACAACUACUCAGAUUCUGCUCUGCACUACAUUACCCACUGCAGCCCACGGAUCAUAGAUGACCUCCAACUCAGGAGACACCGCAGAUAGCACACACUGAAACACAAAUAGAAUGCCUCAUUUUCAACACACACAAAGCCAAAGGACACAAAGUUCUGUGUCUGUGUGUUAUAUAAUGCCACAAAGACAGACUCUUAUUUAUACUGCAACAAACAACAAGUAAUUAAAUGUGGGUAACUUAUGAAGUCAUUUAUUUUCAAUCUGCUGUGCUGAGUGCUGCACCUGUCAGCAAACCCUUUGGACUACGCCACAAUUUACACUCAGAGUCUGACCCAGCAAAAACUCAACAAUCUCUUGGCCAAUGACAUUGAUGAAAAGUAAACCACUGCAGUGGUCUUUGGUUUCCAGCUGAUUCAAAGCCAACACUCUUCUUCUCAGAAACAUUCAUGUUUGUUAAAGCAUCUACUGUCAGGAACCAUCCAGCACCUACUGUUACCACUCGAAAAAGUGCACAGACUCAAUCUACCAUUCUCUGAAGACCAUCUAUAUCAUCUGCUAUCUACAAAACUCUUUAUUUCAGUUUGUGUAGGUUUUUUUUUUUUUCAGAUUAUUUUACCAACCAUGCAUAAGAAUGUAGCUGUCUUUUUUUUCUGGUUAAUUUAACAAAGCACAAUGAUUUUAUAUUUAAUUCUUUUCUUUAUUAUUGAACUGUCACUGUAAGUAAAAUGAUAUGUAAAUAUUAUGUAUAUAAUUAAAAGUUUGUCACUUCUGAA